AUGGAGAAAAGCAAGAGGAUGGAGCUUUUUAUUGACAGGAAUCUGCCAGCUUGUGUCUCAAGUCUAUCUGUUCAUCUAAUCAACCUAAAUGUAUCAAAUUUUGGGCAAACCAAGCUUGCAUACAACGAUCAUAUCUUCGGUCACCUUGUUCACGGAUCGAGGAUAUCCGGUUUCGGACUUGUUUGUCAAGUAGUCUGGUCAUUGAAACUGAAAGACGAGAUUUUCGUGGACGUUCCUCGUAUGGUUUGUCUCCCCUCCUUGAAAACUUUGCACCUUAAAGGUGUGAUGUAUGUAGAUGAAGGAUCUCUUCAACGGCUUUUAUCCAAUUGCUCUCUUCUCGAAGAACUGGUUGUUGAACGAUGUAAUGGUGCCAAUAUGAGAAAGUUUGCCGUUAUCAUCCCUCAGAGUAGUCUCUCGUAUUUAAUUGUGAAUAUGCCUAAGUUGGAGGAGGCCGAUAUCGCUCGUGGAUCUCAUGAUGUCAAGAAGCUUCUCAAAUCUAUCUCUUCUGUCAAACGUCUUUCGUUAUAUUUAGAAGUCAACAAUAAUGAGGAUCUAUAUGGUGAUGAUAUUGUCUUUAACGAGCUUGAGCAUCUCAAGUUUCGCAUAAGCAGAGCCGUGCCAAGGUCAAUGGCAAACGUUGUAGGAGAUAGUAUGGAUACAUUGUUUUGUUGGAAGCAAAUGAUUGAUGUCCCUCAAUGUUUGUUGUCGAGUCUCCAAACUUUCAAGUGGAGAACUUAUUUUCCAACAGAAGAAGAGAAAGGUCUGGCGACAUAUAUCUUGGCAAAAUCUUGCCGAUUAAAGACUGCGAGAAUCUUGAUUGUUUCAAAGUUGGAUCCACAAAAGGAGCUUGAGAUGAAGAAUGAGUUAUUGUCUUCAUGUGGUUCAACCACAUGCAACCUCGACCUCGUAUUCAAACAAUUCAACGAUCUUCUUUGA